UCUGAUGUUCUGUUCCCUGUUCACACAGAUGUUCUGUUCACAGUAAUGUUCUGUUCAUUUUGAUGUUCUGUUCACACUGAUGUUCUGUUCACAGUAAUGUUCUGUUCACUCUGAUGUUCUUUUCACAGUAAUGUUCUGUUCAAUCUGAUGUUCUGUUCACACUGAUGUUCUGUUCCCUGUUCACACAGAUGUUCUGUUCACUGAUGUUCUGUUCACUCUGAUGUUCCGUUCCCUGUUCACACAGAUGUUCUGUUCACUGAUGUUCUGUUCACUCUGAUGUUCCGUUCCCUGUUCACACAGAUGUUCUGUUCACUGAUGUUCUGUUCACUCUGAUGUUCCAUUCCCUGUUCACACAUAUGUUCUGUUCACAGUAAUGUUCUGUUCACUCUGAUGUUCUGUUCACAGUAAUGUUCUGUUCACACAGAUUUUCUGUUCACAGUAAUGUUCUGUUCACUCUGAUGUUCUGUUCACAGUAAUGUUCUGUUCACUCUGAUGUUCUGUUCACUCUGAUGUUCUGUUCACACUGAUGUUCUGUUCACUCAGAUGUUCUGUUCACACUGAUGUUCUGUUCACACUGAUGUUCUGUUCACAGUAAUGUUCUGUUCACUCUGAUAUUGUGUUCACAGUAAUGUUCUGUUCACUCUGAUGUUCUGUUCACAGUAAUGUUCUUUUCACUCUGAUGUUCUGUUCACACUGAUGUUCUGUUCACACUGAUGUUCUGUUCACUCUGAUGUUCUGUUCACACUGAUGUUCUGAUAAUGACGUUCUCAGGUUCUGUGACAUCAAAGCUCUCUUCUUCUUCAGCAGUUGUAGAUGUGAUGAUGUCAUCAGGUGGGAACAUGACGUUGGUGACAUCUCUGGUUCUGGACGGCGUGCUGCAGCUGUCUGAUCACAGGUGGUUGUUCUUCGUCUUGUUCCUGGUGUUCUACGUGUUUGUGGUGACCAGCGACUCUCUGGUUCUUUACAUCAUCUGUUCUCAGCGGAGCCUUCAUCGGCCCAUGUUCAUCUUCACGGCCGCUCUUCUCUUCAACUCUAUGAGUGCCGGCACGGUGGUUUAUCCGAAGCUUCUGUGGGACCUGGUGUCAGGGCGGGACUUCCUGGAGGUGUCGGCCACGGCGUGUCUGGGCCAGGCCUUCGUGAUCCUCUCCAUAGGCGGCGCCAGCUUCAUGCUGUUGGCAACCAUGGCCUUUGACCGCUACCUGUCCAUCUGUCGUCCACUGCACUACGCUGCGCUGGUGUCCCCUGGCCUGGUGGCGGCGCUGCUGCUGCUCUGCUGGUUGCUGCCUGCGGGCCUGGUCGGCUGCGUGGCGCUGCUGAGCAGCCGCCUGCCGCUGUGUCGCUCCAGGCUCAGCAGAAUUUACUGCGACUUCUACAGCUUCAUGCAUCUGAGCUGCGGCGGCAGGGAGCUGCUGCUGGUUCAGGUCUACAGCCUCGUGGCGUCCGCGGUGACCGUCCUCCUGCCCGUCCUCUUUGUGCUCUUCUCCUAUGGCAGGAUCCUCUACAUCUGCCUGCACGGCUCAUCCAGCUUCAACAGCAAAGCCCUGCACACCUGUGUGCCGCACCUGCUGGUCUUCAUCAACUACUCGCUCAGCACUGGCGUGGAGCUGCUGCAGCGCCGGCUGGACGGGGGUCUGCAGACCGCUCCCUCCAUCCUCUCCUCCCUCCUGAUCGUUCUGGUGCCUACCGUGUGCAACCCGGUGGUUUACGGACUGAAGAUGAAGGAGGUGUUCAGACACGUGAGGAGGCUUCUGAGCUGCUGAUCAGCUGACUGUGACAACACUCGUGUUUCUGAUGUUGAACAAAGUGAAAAUGAAACAGCCCAUAAUAAUGUUAUUCACUGACGUCAGUGACAUGAAUGACAACGUCUGAACUCUAACCAACACAUUGUUUCUCUGUAAAUGUUG